AUGGAGCAGCUGUUUCACAGCUUCCUUACAGACAGGCUGAUGCACGAAAACACGUUGGAUAUCUGUGCUCAUCCUUCACGUGUCUCCCUGCAGCUCCCUCACAGCAGCCUUUCUCCUGGUGCAUUCUGGGAGUCUUCGGUGCUGGAAGGCGCGAGGAGGCUGCAGCAUUUAUGUCGAAUGCUGGAGGACAAGCUCAACGCGCCGGAUGCCCAGCAGCUAACGGAUAAGCACGGCUCUGGAAAGAUCUUCCAGGUGAUGAGCACGGUCGUGGGCACCUGGGACCUGGACCUGAACUUGACUAAGGGCGAGCUGGUGGCGGUGAUCAGCGAGGCCGACAGCCGUGGAGACAGAAGGAGGUGGCUGGUCGAUGCAGGAGGGAAGCGAGGCUACGCUGCUGCCUCGAAACUCAUUCGCUAUCACCAGCCAACAGACGACCCGCCCCCCUCACCACACCCGAGCCUGGCAGAAGACGUGACCGCACACAGAAGACACUCCUACAGCCCGGCAGGCAAUGCCCCACUGCCCAUGAGUCAGCCCUGCUUCCAGGUUGUGGGCGCCUACGACUUCACGGCCAGAUCCAAACACGAAGUUUCCUUCUGGGCCGGAGAACCCGUUCGUGUCCUGGAGCCUCACGACAAACGAGGGAGCCCCGAGUGGAGCCUGGUGGAGGUCAGAGGUCAGAGAGGCUACGUGCCCUCCAACUACCUGGCAAUCAUGCCCGUGGGAGCGGGGCUGCCCCCGAACCCUGGCUUUAGGGGGUGGAAACUGCAGCUGGUGUCGAUGAGAGGAUGGAUGGAAGAGCCUCCCGGGAUCAGCUGUUUACAGUCUCAGUGUUAA